UGUUUGCGCUGAUCAUUCAUCAUUAAAAUGGCCAAAAAGAAUAGAUCCAAAAGAAAAGACAAUCUCUUGGCCAGAGAAAUUUCUCUGCUGAGUCUUUUUUGUUUGUUUAAAACUUCUGAUGCAAACUUCAUUUCUGAUUCAUUAUUAAAAAGAAAAUCUGAGUUGGAGGAACUAUUGAAAUCCAAUUUGGACUAUGGGGACCUUAUCGAUGUUCUCAAAAUGUUGGUUUAUGUUUACAAUUUAAAAAACAGUAACAAAAGGUCUCAGUUACUAGCUCUAACACAUUCAGAAGAAUUUGUCAAUAACAUAAAAAAAUUUCUCCAAUGUAAUAAAAAUGAUCAAUACUUACUUGAAGCGAUUGAUUUGAUCAUUUAUUUUGUUGAUGUUAAUAUCAAUGAGCUUCCAAUAUCUGAUGUAUACUAUGACAGAUUUUACUCUUUAUUAAAAGUUCUUCAUAAUGUUCAAGGAGAUGAUAAAAUUAGCUAUUCUUAUUGGACGCAUGAGAUGUGCCUGCUGUUACAGAAAAAAAUAAUUCAUAGGGAACGUAUGAAAUAUUCUUGGAGAGAUUUGAACAUCCAUCCUUCUGCUGUUGAUUUGCUUGAAAAGAAGAACUUGAUGCCGAACAAGAUAAAUGGAGCUUAUAAAAAUACCGAAGAAUUUUUGGAUACCAUUUAUAAACUGCUCAAAGAAGACUUUGAAGGUUUCCUGAGGGAAGGGAUAUUACAGAUGAAAGCAGAACUGAGGGGAGCUAAACCUACUGAAAAAGAUAUUUUAGUCUAUAAUAAUGUUAACAUUGAACGCGUCGAGACUGAUGAAAAUCCUAUGAAUGGUAUUAUUCAUAGAAUAGCCUUUUCAGUAGGUGACGGAGAAAAUCAACAUGUUAACAUCAAUAAACCAAUCAAGUAUGGCUCCCUAUUACUGCUGUCACAAUACAGUCAAUUUACAACCUUUGUUUUAGCUACCGUAAUCAGUGAUGUGGAGCUACAAAAUACCGAAGACAGCUCUCACAAGGUCCUAAAGGUGUCUUUCUUGGGAGAUCUUUCUCAAGUAAAAAAUUUUUGGCAGUACACAAUGUUGGAGUCUAAGAGACUGUUUAAACCUUAUUAUGAAGUUUUAAAAGCUCUUCAUUCGAAAAACAUUGAAAAUUUUCCAAUGGAGAAAUAUAUUGUAUAUUUAAACAGCACUCCUAGUUGUCCAAGAUAUAUUACAACAGGAACAGAAUACAAAAUAGACAAUGAAACUCUUAAAUUAUUCAGUAAAGAUCCAUGGCCUCAUAAUCUUUUGAAUUUAGACCCUUCGCAGAUAGAAGCAUUGCAGUCAGCACUUAUUUAUGAAUUUGUGUUGAUUCAAGGGCCACCAGGAUCAGGUAAAACACAUCUCGCUCGAACGAUUAUUGAUGUUUUAAUCAAUAAUAAAAGUUUUUUGUCGACUCCUAUACUUCUUAUUUCACCUGAUAAUUAUUCUGUAGACGUUAUUUUAGAAUCAUUGGUUUCAAAACAUAGGAAUGUUAUAAGGCUAGGUAAUCAGACCAAAAGUACUGUUUUAAAAAAUCGUACACUUCAUAAUAAAAUGAAACCUUGUGGGAGAGAUAUAAAAAUUAAAAUUGAGAGGAUUAAGGAAUCUUUGCUGCGAAAAAUUGGUCAAAAUGAAGAAAAUAUAGAAAAUUUGUUGGACUACAUGAGGAAGGAACAAUGCUGUUAUAAAGAAACGUGCGAUGAAAAUUUUGCUCAGCAAAUUCUGUCCGCAAAGGUUGAUGUAAUUGGUGGUACCACUGUAGGUUGUGCAAGAUUACAUAAGUUACUGGAUAAGGUUCAACCCGAAGUUGUUAUUGUUGAAAAUGCCAAUGAAAUUCUUGAUGCGCAUUUAAUUGCUGCAUUACCUCAAGGAUGUAAACAUCUCAUUCUGAUAGGCGAUCACAAACAACUCAAGCCAAAUAUUUGUAAUAGAAAUUUAGAAAAUUAUGAUUUGGAUGUGUCGUUAUUCGAAAGGAUGAUGAGAUCUGGUAUGAAAUGCUGCAUGUUGACAAACCAGCAUAGAAUGAGACCAGAAAUAGCAUCGCUUCUAUCUCCAGCUGUGUAUCCUCCGAUGAAAUACAAUCCAACCGUUCACGGUUUACCAAAAAUAAGAGGACUGGAACGGAAUAUUUUUUUCAUCGAUCAUAAUGUUGCUGAAAAUAAAAAAAAAGAUGAAGAAAAUUCCUUUUCUAAUAGACACGAAGGAGAUCUUCUAUUAUGUCUAGCCAAUUACCUCAUUUUGCAAGGUUACUCGAUAAACGACAUGACUAUCUUGGUUCCGUAUGCAGAACAACUUAAAUAUAUGAUAGGAGCUGCUAAAACCUAUCCGCUACUCAAGGGCUUGGAAAUCCUCACAAUCGACACUUAUUCAGGUCAUGAAAACACAAUAAUACUCCUUUCCCUUGUAAGGAGCCAAUCAGCUGGAAUUGGAUUUUUAUCUAACAAUAAUAAAAUUGUGGUGGCGCUGUCGAGGGCUACGUCUGGUCUUUAUAUGAUUGGUAACAUGAAGACCCUCAUGUCAGGUUCUGAUUUAUGGGUUUCUCUGAAUACGGUUCUUAAAAAGAAACAGGCCAUAGGUACAAGCAUCAAUUUGCAAUGUGUAACACAUAAUAAAAUAAGAGCAGUGACGAAGAAACAAGAUUUCGAGCUGUUGAUAGGAGGAGGGUGUGAUUCGCAAUGUAAUCUGCCUCUAAACUGCGGCCACUUGUGUAGACUGAAAUGUCACCCUCUGCUGGAAGAACACGCUACCUUUAUUUGUCGUGAACAUUGUUCAAGAUUAUGUGAGAAGAAUCUUCAUAAGUGUAAGAAAAGGUGCAAUGAAGAAUGUGGGGAUUGCAAUGAAGAAGUUGAGGUAGUUCUACCUUGCGGUCAUUCUCUGAAGAAGAAAUGCCAUAUCGACAAAGGUCAGAAAGAAAUUUGCACGCAGCCGACAAUCGUAUCUUACUUGUGUUGUUUACGAAAAGUUGUCCCAUGCUGGCAGUCUUAUUCGUGUUUUUAUAGGAAAGUUGAAGGACCUGUAUGAUAAUAAACUUUAUAUGUACAUAUAGUUACAUAAGUUUUAUAUCUAAUAUUUACAUUUUGAUUGUUAUUUACUUUUUUAUUAUUAUUUAGUUGUUAUUUUUCUUCAGUUUAUUUUAUUUUUUCUGUACAUAUGGUGUGAAUGUACUCUCCCCUCAUGAUAAUUAUUGCCUGUAAAUGCAAAUGGAUAACAUCUUAAUUAGUUAUUAAUUUUAUAUUAAUUUUUGUUUGUAUAAAUGUUUACAAACCUGACAUUCUAUUUUUUAUAUUACUGUUAUUUAAUAAUUUAAAUUAUCUUAUAUAACAUAUUUCAUUGUAAAUUGAAAAUAUUUUAUUUAGAACCUAAUUUUAUUGUGUUAGUACUGUUUAGUUGAUUAUAUUUAAUAUAAAUCAAUACUUAUUCUGAAAUAUUAUUGUUUACGGGUAUAAUUCCUUAAUUAUAUUGUGAUCAUAUGGAAUUGAUGCCAAAUAGAAUAUUUAUAUUUGUGUAAAAGACAUUUGUAUAUAUUUUAUUUAAUUGAUUAUUUAAAAAAAAAAAUUAUUUGUCAAAUUUUUUAUAUGAAAAUUUUUAAGAAAUAUUUGAAAAUACUGUAUCACUUUAUAUAUUUAUUUUUCUCAUGAUGUAGAGAUGGUUGACCAUGAUAUAAUAUGAGAAGGAGUUGAUCGGGGGGUGCUGUCAAAUAAAUACUAAAUUAUACAAAUAGUAUUAUUUAAUUUUUAAUUCGACCCACUUUGCAGGUCUUCAUCAGGGCUACAAAAGUUACAAAACAUGGUGAAAAUAAAAUAAAUGAAUUAAGUAUC